AUGUCAGAGCAAAAGAGAUUCCCAAAGAACAAGGUGUUCUACGUUAGGAUGAAGCUCCUACACAAACAUGGGAACAGGCCUCCACAAGACAAGAACAACAACUGCUUCUACACUUACUACAAAUGGCUUCUCUGGCUCUCUCUCUCCCUCUAUUUCUUCACCUCUUACCUCAUAAGUAACAACCCCAACAACACACCAACCUCUUCUGACAUGUCAAACUCCAAAUCCAACGUUGUCUCUCGCACCCUUUUCGAAUCCACCAACACCACAUCCCUUUCACAAACUGAGGUGCUGAAGAAUUUGAAGGUGUUCAUCUACGAUCUUCCACCCAAGUACAACACCGAUUGGCUUACGAACGAAAGGUGUAGCAACCAUUUAUUCGCGUCUGAAGUGGCCAUUCACAGGGCACUGUUAACAAGCAAGGUGCGAACGUUUGACCCAUUUGAAGCUGAUUUCUUCUUCGUCCCCGUUUACGUUUCCUGCAACUUCAGCACCGUCAAUGGCUUCCCCUCGAUCGCCCACGCGCGCUCACUCAUCGCCUCCGCAGUGCAACUCAUCUCCACCGAAUACCCUUUCUGGAACCGAAGCAGAGGAUCUGAUCACGUCUUCGUCGCUUCACACGACUUCGGCGCUUGUUUCCACACCCUUGAGGAUGCAGCGAUGGCUAACGGGAUACCGGAAAUUUUGAAGAAUUCGAUCGUGUUGCAGACAUUCGGCGUUGUUCACAAGCAUCCGUGUCAAGACGUUGAGAAUGUGGUGAUUCCGCCUUAUUUUUCGCCGGAAAGUGUACGGAGAACGCUGGAGAAAGCCCCCGUGAACGGACGGCGAGAUAUCUGGGCUUUCUUUCGCGGUAAAAUGGAAGUGCAUCCUAAAAACGUCAGUGGAAGGUUUUACAGCAAGCGCGUGAGGACGGUGAUUUGGCGGAAGUUUAGCGGUGACCGGAGGUUUUACCUGCAAAGGCAUAGGUUUGCCGGUUACCAGUUGGAGAUUGCUCGUUCAGUUUUCUGUUUGUGUCCGUUGGGGUGGGCCCCGUGGAGUCCGAGACUGGUGGAGUCGGUUGCGUUAGGGUGUGUGCCGGUUGUGAUUGCCGAUGGGAUCAGGUUGCCAUUUCCCUCUGCCGUGAGGUGGUCGGAGAUAUCGUUGACGGUGGCGGAGAGAGACGUGGGGAAGCUGGCGAAGAUUCUGGAGCGCGUGGCGGCUACUAACCUAAGCGCUAUUCAGAGGAACCUGUGGGACCCGAGGACCAGGCAGGCACUGCUUUUCAACAAUCAUGUCAAGGAAGGUGAUGCCACGUGGCAGGUUCUGCUUAGUUUAACUCAGAAGCUGGGUAGGUCCUACCGAAGGUCUCAUGUUCGGGGCCAAUUAAAAAGUGACACGUGA